ACAUAAAUGGCUCAAAGAAGGUGAUGCAAACACGAGAUUCUUUCACACUAUCACUCUCCAAAGAAGAAGGCACAAUGCUAUAAGAAGGCUUCUCACAGCUCAAGGGAGAGUCUUAUCCUCUCAGGCAGAAAUGGAAGAACACAUCUCUGAAUUCUAUUCACAUCUAUUCACCUCAGAGGUACAUUGGGAUGGAGACUCUAUUCUACACCUUAUUCCCCAAAGGGUGACCCCAGACAUGAAUGAUGCUUUGAUCAAACCUGUUACACAAGAUGAGAUGAAGUCAACAUUAUUUCAUUUACCUGAUGAUAAAGCUCCAGGGGAAGAGGGAAUGAGCUCUACUUUUUACAAACACUUCUGGGAUCUCAUUAAGCAGGACCUUCUGGGAUCUCAUUUUUAUGUUACUUUAAUUA